AUGCGACUUGGAGCAAUCGUGCCGAAUUUUCGAGCAGAGACCAGUAAAGGUCUGAUUGAUUUCUACGGUUGGCAAGAUAGUUCCUGGGUUGUACUACUUUCCCAUCCACGCGAUUUUACACCGGUUUGUACAACAGAGUUGGGUAAGAUUGCAUUGCUUCAUGAAAAGUUUGCCAAACGCAAUGUUAAGUGCAUUGCACUCUCUGUGGAUGGACUUCAAGAACAUCUCGCUUGGAUUAGCGAUAUCAAAUCAUACUUUGAGGAACUGGGCGAUGAUUUUCCCUACCCAUUAAUAGCUGACCCUCAACGAGAUUUGGCUGUCUCUUUUGGCAUGUUAAAUGAAGAUGAUAGAGAUAACAUUGAGCUGGGCAAAACUAUACGUACAGUUUAUGUCAUCGAUCCCGAUCAUAAAGUGCGUCUGACAAUGUGCUAUCCAAUGACGACUGGGCGUAACAUUGACGAAAUACUACGUGUUAUCGAUUCUAUGCAACUGACCGAUCGCUCAAAGAUAUUAGCUACGCCCGUUAAUUGGACGCCUGGAUCCAAAGUAAUGCUAAUACCCUCGGUAACAGAUGAAGAAGCAAAGAAGUUUUUUCCAAAUGGAUUUAACAAGAUUAAAUUACCUUCUGGGAAAAAUUAUUUGAGAACUACGGAAAACUAUUAA